GCUGCAGCGGCAAGACGGCCAAUGGCAGAGGAGCAGCUCCCACCCACAUGUCCGACCCAAACCAGGUAACGGUACAGACAGCACAGCACCAACCAACCCGGAAGAAGAGAAGACAAGAGGCGUGGUAAAAGAAAACGCACGGUAGAAAAAAAAAACACUCGAGACGUCGACGGCGGGAAGGAGGAACCGAGCGUCCCCGCCACGCGAACCGAGCUCCGGGGCUCUAGUUGCGCCCAACUGCGUCUCCUCGGGCUGUCGUGCGUCGCCGGCGGGAGAGAGAUCCCUGCCGUCCCCUGGGCCGCCUGGGGGCAGGGGGAGCCGUUGGGCAGUGGCCGCGCGGGGUUGAGGAUGCUGUCGCUACGAGGGCGGCAGGGGGAGCGCGGUGGUGGCGCGGGGUUCCGGGGCAUGGCGGACGACGUCGAGCUGGAGGAGGGGGAAGCCUGCUCCGACGACGACGGCGGACACGGCUUCGUCGACCCCGACGUCGCGCUGGCAUACAUCGAUGAAAAGCUUCAAAAUGUUCUAGGACAUUUUCAGAAAGACUUCGAAGGAGGAGUUUCUGCAGACAACCUAGGACCGAAAUUUGGUGGAUAUGGUUCAUUUUUACCCACAUACCAGCGUUCUCCUACCCCUUUGCCUCAAACUAGAAGCUCACCCAAGGUGGCAAACAUUAGCACCUCAAGAAAACCCUACCAACAAUCCACUGAGAGCAUGCGUCAAAACCCUUCAACUGUAGCGGCGGAAUACAUUUCCCGAAAUAAUUGUGCCAUGGGAACUUCAUCUGGUGAUUUAUGUAAAAAGGAAAGACGUUCAAGCAGAAAUCAUGAGAAAGACUCUGUUUCCUGUUCUGGUUCUUUGGACAGUUCAUCUAAUGGUACUGAUCACAAGGCACGCAAAGUUCGGAUCAGAGUUGGUUCCAGUAAUACUUUAGUGGGGGGAAAUGCAUCUAUAUACAGCGGUUUGGGCCUUGAUAUUUCGUCGUCCUCAUCCAUGGAGAAUAGUCCUGAUGGUCUUGAGGGGCUGUCACCUGAGUUUGGCAAUAUGCCAUAUGAAUCUCCUCGUACUAUCCUCCAGAUCAUGACAUGUUUUUCAGUUCCUGGAGGCUUCUUGCUGUCACCUUUGCAUGGCAACGUUCUGCACUUAACGAAUAAAGUUGCUCCAUUAUUGAAGAAAUGGGAAAAACAUUUAGAUGUAGAGAAUUUAACUAUUAGAUAUGAAGGCCAUUCGGAGCCUGCUCUUCAUGUUGGACAUUUCAGAAGCCAUGUCUCUAAGAAAAUGAAGUUGGACAGUAAGGGGCGGAAGACUAUAGAUACAAAGACCAGAAAAAAUGUAGAUGGCACCAACACAAUCAUGAACAAGGAGAUUAACAUAGAAGCGUCUGCCUGUCAAGAGAUAUCAGACACACCUAGUAUACCCUGUAUUUCUGGGGGAGAUACUUACAUAACUGAGGUCAAGAGAAUGCAGAAGGAACGCAAAAUCAAUGCUACAGCACCAUCUGGUUUCUUGGAGGAUGACAAAUAUAUCCAUUCAUCUGCAGCAGUUAUAGAUAGGAAAAAUGACUCUCUAUUAAAGUCUAAUCAUUUUGAAAAUAAAGCGAAAGAAAAACCACAUAAAGAGCUUGCUGAAAACCUACCUGUGGGAUCUCAAGUGGACAAGGAAGGGGAUAUGUUGGAGAACAGAAAUGCCCAGUGCGAUUUGCAACAAAGAGAGAUGAUGAUGAAUGACAAUAAUGAGAAGGAAUUUGAGAUGUCUGGAACAGCAAGGAAAAAGAUCCUAGCCAGUGCACAACAUGGAAAAUUUCCAGCUUCGGAAGAACAAGAGUUGCAUAUGCCUGCAACCAGCACGAUAACAACUACAAAUGCAGCCCCUCACCCUGCACCUGUUGUGAUAAAGGAAAAUUGGGUAUGCUGUGACAUGUGCCAGAAAUGGCGCCUCCUACCAUAUGGGACAAACCCUUCUAUGCUCCCACAGAAGUGGAAAUGUAUCAUGCUUAACUGGCUACCUGGGAUGAAUAGAUGCGACAUUGGAGAGGAUGAAACAACAAAUGCUCUGAACGCACUGUAUGCCACUCAAGCUCCUGCAACUGGUGUUUCUUCUGGUGGUCCUCACACUGCAGCUGCAGGUACCGCAGUAUCCAGCACCCACAGCAUAAGUGGACAGCUUGAGCAGAGUAGGAAAAGGACUCUGAAAGAUGGAAAUGGUCUACAUGAAAGUUCUUACCCCACACCAUCUUCAUUUCCUCUGAUGAGAAACCAACAAGCCCCUACAGAAAAUAAAAGAACUGUCGACGGAGAGCAUUAUCCUUUCGAGAGAGAUUCCGUGAGCAAACAUGGACUAGAGCAAGUGAGCAAAUCAGCUAACUUUGUUGUGGAAAAGCAGAAGAAUAAGCACAAUAGCCACAGUAGCUACUCAGAUGGAGGAGAUCUUAUUGAAAAAUCCAAGAAGCAUUCAAAAUUUUCAAACAAAAGAGGGACUGAUCAAGAUGAACACAAAACAUCUAAGAAAACUAAAAAAGAGGAUCUACAUCAUUUCGGGGGAGAUUGGAAUCAUAAAUGUGAUUUAACUGCUGGAAAAGUUCCUGAUGAAACCGAGACUCUCCCUGCAAAGGAAAAACCCAUAAAGAGUUCAUGUGAACAAGUUGACAUUUCUUUACGCAAGGACAAAGUUUCUUCAAGAUAUGAUUUAUUGGAAAACCCCAAAAAGAUUGAUGAUGGGGAUGUAGCCUUUGGUAACAAGAAGAGAGAACAUCAUGAAGCCGUUGGAAGAUUAGAUUUGUCUACCAAGAACAUAGCAAAAGAAUGUGAAGAGAUUCAGGAAUAUUCAGCGGAUCAUGCCAGCAAAGGAGCCAAGAAUGAGCGAUUGAAGGAAAGGAAGCUAAAGACAAUGAAGUCCAAAGAACUGACGUCCAAGGUGGGUAGUAGACAUGAAAAUGUGCAGGAUGCAGAUACAGUGUUGUCUUCUGCUGAGGGGCGUCUAAACAAUGAGCUAGUUGUCGACAACAAAUUUGUUACUGGAAAAGAAGUCCCAUCAGAACUAUGGGAGAAUGUACCUCCCAGUGAGGCUUUGGAGUCAGCCGAACCCCAUAGAAGGGAUGCUGCCUAUCUCCAGACUUCUACAGUUGCUACUUCCAGCUCUUCAAAGAUCUCGAGCUCUCGGAAAAACAAAAACUCUCAAGAACCAAAAGGCUCUCCAGUUGAAUCAGUCUCUUCAUCACCACUCAGAGGUCUUAAUACCGAAAAGCUUUCUCAUGGCAGACUCACUGGAAAAGAUGGAUCACUGAAUGUUGAUGCGAGUGCUGCGCAUAACUCAGGCAUCGAAGUUGGUGAGUUAUGUAAUGGUCGGCAAGCUCAGAACUUGGGUGAGAGUCAGGCUGCAUAUGAACCCAUUUUACCUAGUUCUUUACAAGGGAAUUCUGAUAGCAACAAGGGAAUACCUCACUUAGCACACGCUCAAGUCACUGAUGUGCGGAUUCCCAUUGGUGGUCAAGGUGCACAUUCACAUCUGAAAGAAGGCAAAUCAGGGGUCCUCUCCACUCCAGUAAAAUCUGAUGCUUCAAAAAUGAAAGCACAAUUAAGGAGGUCCAAUGUUGAAACUGGAUCUCAACAUGGCACUAGGAAGCAAGCAUUUCAUAAUACUUCAGACACCGCAAGUCUGAUUAGGAAGGAUAAUAAUAUGGUUGCAUUUGCUCUUAAGGAAGCUCGAGAUUUAAAGCAUAUGGCUAAUCAUCUGAAGAGUAAGGGACAAGCACUUGAAAGUACAGGCCUGUACUUUGAGGCGGCUUUGAAGUUUCUGCAUGUUGCGUCUCUCUUGGAAACUCCUAGUUUGGACAGUUCAAGACCAGCUGAUGCAGCUCAGUCAAUGAAGAUGUAUUCCGAAACUGCAAAACUCUGCGACUUUUGUGCUCAUGCAUAUGAACGGUGCAAGGAAAUGGCUGCUGCUGCUUUAGCGUAUAAAUGUGUAGAAGUGGCUUACCUUAAGUCGGCAUAUUACAAACACCCUAGUGCAAGCAAGGAUCGACAGGAAUUGCAGGCAGUUGUGCAGAUAGCCCCAGGUGAAUCACCAUCAUCAUCUGCCUCAGAUAUUGAUAAUCUAAAUAGCCAUGGAGUGUCAAAGGCCCCUUCAACCAAGGGUGGAAAUUCGCCUCAAGUGGCUUGCAGUCUUUUGCCACUAGCUGUCCGUAACCAAGCACACUUGUUGAGGCUACUUGCUUAUACAAAUGAUGUCACUUGUGCAUUUGAUGCAACUCGGAAAUCACAGAUUGCAAUUGCUGCUUGUGCUGGCAAUCAGGAAGGGGGAAAAGGUCUGGGUGAUGGUCUUGGUUCAGUAAGAACAGUUUUGGAUUUAAACUUUAACAAUGUCGAGGAACUGCUAAGACUUGUCCGUCUCUCCAUGGAGUCAAUCGGCAGCUCCUGAUCAGAAUUCCACAAAAUGCCAUUCUGCGUAGCUACUGUUGGAUGCACGUUGUAAUUUGUACUCAUCAGGAUGCUGGCUGUGGUUAUGUGAGUAAUUUGUGCAAACAGAUGGAUCUACUCACUACUCAGACUGUGAGUUUAGUAGACAUUUGCUUGCGGGAUUUUGUAGCUUUUGGAGGCAUUCAGUGUUCUUAUACAGUUCGGAGCAUCAACUUUGGAUUGUUGUUACUCAAUUAGUGCUUUAGCGGAAGGCAGCUGUAGUAAAAUGAGUGUUGUAUGAGCUAUCUGUGAGGGGUUGGACUCGGGUGAUCAUUCUGCUGUACAUUGCACUUAUAGGCAAAGGUGUAAUGCUGUUGGGAAGAGACCAAUCUUUCAUAUUCCUAUAUUCUGUAAUUAUGUGAAUCAUUGGCCAAGGCUUAUGCUGCCCGAUCAGCUAGUAUGAUAGCAGAGUUGAUGCACUCUUCAGAACAAUUUUCGGAAGGGAGGAAAGUGUUGGAGAUUAUCUGUGCUAACCAAGAUUGGUUUCAGGCAGGUACCUUACACCACUAUUUAUUACACCACUAUCUGCAUCUACUUCACUUCAACUCAAUGUCCUAAAUUGAACUGUGUGCAUGCAUGGAGGGCAUUGCUCUGGCACUCCAAUGGUCGCAGCUUCCAGUUCUUGUCGAAACUGAUUGCCAGGCAGUUGUGGCUGCUGGCACGGGCAAAGGGAAAGACUGGUCUAGAUUUGCCUGUCUAAUCGAUGAAAUUAGGUUCUUGGUGUCGCAAGGGUGGCCGUUUUCGUUUGUGAAAGGGGAUAGAAGUCAGAAGCGUGCUAGUCAUGCGCUUGCGAAUAUCGCUCGUAUGGAGAUGCACACGGUCGUGUGGCAGGGUUCCGGUCCAUCGCCUAUGAUGGACGUGGUUCUCCAAGAUUGUACUUCUUAAUUCUUAAUAUAUCCCUUUUCACCCGCAAAAUAAAAACUCAAUGUCCUAAAUACCCUGAACCCCCCUGCUUGGACAUUUUGUCUAAGUGAAAGGAGAACAAUCUUUGCUACUG